AUGGGCUACCCCAACAGCUUUACCAUUUACGAUACAGACGAUGCCAAGAGCGUGGUGAAAGCCGUGAUAAACGAGCUGAACCUGGACGAUAAACAUUAUAAGCCAGCCACCGUAUACAACCGCAUUUCCAGUGCUAAAAAUGCCCUGGUGGGUCCUGCAGAAUAUGCCAACGACUACUAUUUGCAGCAGGAAGAUAUGCGUGCCAACCGUCCGGCCAUUGGCCAGAUAUACGACGCCUACGCGAAGCGCUGUUUUAAAAACGGCGCUAUGGAUUUUGAUGACCUGCUGAUUAAAAUGUAUGAAUUGCUGAAAAACUUUCCGGAAGCGCUGAGCAAAUACCAGCGUAAGUUCAGGUAUAUUUUAAUUGAUGAGUACCAGGAUACCAACCCUGCACAGUACGAGAUCAUUAAGCUGCUGGGUGCGCAGCACGAAAAUGUUUGCGUGGUGGGCGAUGACGCACAGAGUAUUUACAGCUUCCGCGGUGCUACAAUCCAGAAUAUCCUUCAGUUUCAGAAAGAUUACGAUGAUGUAAAAGUGGUGAAGCUGGAACAGAAUUACCGCAGCACGCAGAACAUUAUCAACGUAGCCAAUGAAAUCAUCAGCAAUAACAAGGGCCAGAUAGAAAAGCGGCUGUUUACUGACAAUGCAGAAGGCGAAAAGAUUAAGCUGGUGCGUACCAUGACGGACAACGAAGAGGGAAAAUUUGUGGCAGAUACCAUCCAGGAACAAAAACUGCGCAAUCAUUUCAACAAUAAAGACUUUGCCAUUCUUUACCGCACCAACGCCCAGAGCCGUGCAUUUGAAGAAAGCCUGCGCCGUAUGGGAAUUGCCUAUACCAUCUACGGCGGCAUCAGCUUUUACCAGCGCAAAGAAAUAAAAGACUACGUUGCUUACCUGCGCCUGCUGGUAAACAAAAGAGAUGAAGAGGCGUUGAAACGCAUCAUCAACCUGCCGGCACGGGGGAUUGGUAAAACCUCAGUAGACCGCGCCAUACUGGCUGCCAAUGAAAACAAUAUUUCUUUCUGGGAAGUGCUGGAAAGGGCCAGGGAGUUUGGCUACAAGGGCGGCACGCUGGAAUCGAUUGAAAAUUUUGUGCUGAUGAUCAAAAGUUUUUCCAGUAUGCUGGAAAACAAAAACGCCUAUGAGGUGGCAGUACAUGUGGGCAAACAAACGGCUUUUGUAAAAGAGUUGUUUAACGAUAAGAGUACCGAAGGCGUUCAACGCUAUGAAAACAUACAGGAGUUACUGAACUCUAUAAAAGAAUGGACAGAAAGCCCCGACAAUGAAGAUGGCGAAGUAGUAGACAAGGGCCUGGGCAGCUACCUGCAGCAGAUUACCUUGCUAACAGAUGCAGAUGACAAAGAUCCCCAUGCAGAUACAGUAAAACUAAUGACCAUACACGCCGCAAAAGGCCUUGAAUUUGGAUGUGUUUUUGCAGCCGGUCUUGAAGAAAUGCUGUUUCCGAAUGCCAUGAGCAUUAAUACGAGAGAAGAGCUGGAAGAGGAAAGACGGCUUUUUUAUGUAGUCAUUACGCGGGCAAAAAAGAAGCUUUGGAUUACGUAUGCCAAUACCCGUUAUAAGUUUGGCAGCCUGGUGCAGAAUGAGCCCAGCCGCUUCCUGGACGAGAUUCCGGAGCAGUAUACAGACCGCAGUUAUGCCGGAGGAGGCGCAAAAAACCAAACUUCUUCCGGUUUUGGCAAUACUGCCUACAACCGCAUGAAUGGCGGCGGUUUUGGCGGCGGAUCUUCCAGCGCCAAUGAAGCAGAAAGAAGAUACGGCGCGGCACCCGGUAAAAAGCCAGGCAGCACGCCCAGUUACGUAGUGCCAAAGGCGCCCCCCAAAAGUAUUGAACAUACCCCUUCGGCAGAUUUUGCACCCAGCGAUACUUCUGACCUUAAAGAAGGACAAAAAGUGGAACACCAGAAGUUCGGGUUUGGCCAGGUGGUCAAAAUGGAAGGCUCGGCCCAUAACCCUAUUGCCACUGUUAAGUUUGAUGUGAAUGGCGAGAAAAAAAUCAUGCUGAAUUAUGCCAAGCUGCGCAUUAUAGAAAGCUAG